GUGACCUUCAGACUCCCUCCAUUUCUUCAAAACCGAACUCUCCCAUCUUCAUCUUCUUCUCCUCCUCUCUGUCUCUUUCCAUCCUUUGCAAUCCACGGAGCUUUUUCGGCUUCUUUGCAUCCGGUCCUGACGCUUGGAAAAACCGCCGGAAUUGCCAAGGAACGAACAAAGACAGCUCUCCUGCUGCAUAUUGGCUCAAGAAGACUCGAUUUCUGGAAGGAAUGGCGGUAUGCCACCUGAUUGCGUUUCUCCUUUUGGCUGUGUUUUCGGCGUCGCUGGGUCUGCAGACUUUGGCAUUCACGGAUCCUCUUGAUGCUACAACGCUUCAUGGGCUAUAUGCAGCCUUGAACUACCCUGCACAGCUGAAAGGCUGGAGACCGGAUGGUGGGGAUCCAUGUGGGGAAUCCUGGGCAGGAGUGGCAUGCUCAGGGUCGUCUGUGAUUUACCUUAAACUCGAUGGACUAAACCUGAGUGGUUCUCUAGGAGACCAGCUUUAUAAUUUCCACAAUUUGAAGCAACUGGAUAUGAGCUCCAACAACAUUCAGGGUGACAUUCCCUAUGGUUUACCUCCUAAUGUCACUCAUCUCAACUUAGCGUGCAACAAGUUGAUCCAGAGCAUUCCACAUUCAUUACCUUCCUUGAAGAGUCUACGGCACCUGAAUCUGAGCCACAAUUUGUUAUCUGGACCUAUUGGCAAUGUUUUUGUUGGACUGCUGAAUCUAAAAGAAAUGGAUCUGUCGAACAAUAACUUCACUGGCGAUCUGCCUAGUUCAUUCCAGUCUCUGACAAAUCUUACUGGACUGUUCCUGCAGAAUAAUGGAUUUACUGGAGCAGUGAUCUUACUGGCUAACCUUCCUCUAAUCGACUUAGAUAUACAGGACAAUCACUUCAGUGGUGUCAUUCCUGAGAGUUUCCAGAACAUACCAAAUCUAUGGAUCGGCGGAAAUAAAUUUCAUGGAGCUGAAUCUCCACCAUGGAACUUUCCUUUUCAAAAUAUGUCUCUCCACAGUAACAUUAGUAGUCCUCCAACAACACAGUCAAGUGCUGUUGAGAACUAUCCCUCUCGUAAACCACGUUCGCACAAGAAGGGAAAAUGGGGCCCUGGUGGAAUUGCAUGCAUAGUUGGUGGAGGCACUCUGGUAGCAAGCUGUGCAGCUCUUCUAAUUGUAAUCCUUAUCCAUCGAGCUCGUGCUCAGGAAGAUAAGCUCUUGGACAGAUCAAAUAUCUCAUUUAAUUCGGUAUCCCUCAGAACUGUCAGAGAAGAGAGCCCACCAAUCUUGCCUUGCAUCCCACCACCACCAACUGUUAGGGCAAGGCCUGUACCUCUUGCUCUCCUUGCGGGUCAAGGAAAUAGAAAAAGCUUUUCCAGGAAAUGUGAAGCCCUUGAAUGUGUGAAGAUUUACAAUGCUGCAGAACUUCAAUUCGCCACAAAAGGCUUCGGUGAAGAGAACCUUAUCUUCGAAGGAUCCCUUGGCCCUGUUUAUGAGGCUAAGCUACCAGAUGGCCAGAUAUUGGCCGUGGAGAACAUCAACAUGGCAUCACUGUCUCUCCAUGAAGAAGAACAAUUCUUGGAUGUGAUCUGCACCAUCUGUAGAUUGAGGCACCCAAACAUAAUUCCACUUCUAGGUUAUUGUACAGGACUAGGACUGCAUUUGCUGGUCUAUGAGUACGUGAGACAUGUGACACUUGAAGAUGCUCUGCAUGGUGGAAAGUACAAGCCUCUAUCAUGGAGUUCACGUGUCCGGAUCGCCCUUGGAGUCGCGCAGGCAUUAGACUACAUGCACUCCACAUUUGCACCUCCCAUUUCUCAUGGCAAUCUAAAGGCCCGCAAUAUUUUGCUCGACGAGGAAGUCAGGCCACGUAUAUGUGAUUGUGGAGUCUCCGUUCUGAGGCCACUUACAAGCUGUACCGUCAAGCUUAAGGCUUCUGAAAUUGCUAUUGGAGACAGCGGUUAUAUCGCACCUGAACAUGGUCAACCAGGCAUUGAUAACACUAAGUGUGACAUCUAUGCCUUCGGAGUGCUGCUUCUGGAGCUCUUAACUGGGAGGAGACCUUUCGACAGUUCAAGACCUAGGGAAGAAUUAUAUCUGGUGAACUGGGCUUCAUACCAGCUUCAUGACCGCGAUUGCUUGGAGCAGAUGGUUGAUAAAAGCGUUGAAGGAACACUCAGCUUUCGGGCUCUCUCCCGAUUGGCUGACAUCAUAGCCGUCUGCAUACGGCCUGAGAAGGAAUUCCGGCCGGCAAUGUGCGAAGUAGUGGAAUCUCUGUUGUAUAUGGUGGAAAGGAUGAGCAUUACGGAAGGCAAUGCCACAUAUGGCGGUGACCUUGAACCUUAUGAAAGAUCCUUCCGCUCGACCCACACGCGCUUCUUGGCCUCACCUGCAACAAGUAGCUGGUCAUCUGAUCCUUCUUCUCAAUGAGCUCAGGAAAAACCGUUCUUUUUGUUUUC